AUGUUGAUGGUUACCAAAAGACUUGUGUCAAGGACACUGAUGCAACUUGCAACGAUACGUUAUCCUCGUUGUACAUCAUCAUCAUUGUUUGGCAUAGAGUGUCACAGAUCAUCACCAUCAUCAAUUGUAUUAUAUGGUACUGUAACCAAUACCAACCUACACUUCAAACGAAGAGCUGGCAAUCACAUCACAACAACAACAACAAACAAUAGAAAAAGAAGACCUUUGGAAACUGUUGAUGAAGAUGAUGAUGAGGAUGAUGAAGAGGAUGAUGAACAAAACAAUAAUGAUUAUAGCUCUUAUAAUAAGUCAUGGUAUGACUUUAGUGGAUUGGAGAAGAUCAGUGUGAUACCAUCGGGUAUCGUGUCUUUGGACUUUAAGCUUGGCAUUGGUGGCAUUCCACUUGGACACAUGACAGAGAUAUGUGGCGAGAGCUCAUCUGGCAAGACAAGUCUAUCACUACAUCUUUUGGCCGCCACUCAAAGGCUAUCACCCAAUGCCGCAGUGCUCUUUAUCGACACGGAGAACUCAUUCGAUGCCAAAUGGGCAAUGAAGCUGGGUGUUGACCUAUCUCGUUGCUUCGUAUCACAGCCCAAGUAUGCUGAGGAUGUGGUCACGAUGAUCUCACGGUCACUCAAACAACGACUCUUUAACAUGAUCGUCAUUGACAGUCUGGCUGGUCUGAUCCCAUUCGAACAACUUGAUGGCAAUGGACAGGCAGUGUACUCAUGGCUCACAGACUCACUGGCAUGCAUUCACUCACUAGUCAAGGAUUCAAACUGUUCAUUAGUAAUCACCAAUCAACUUAGGCACAACAUCAAAGUUGCAAACAAGUCGUCUGGUGCUGCUGGUCAAUCAAUCAUACCUCAACACUUGAAUAUCAAUCAUAUACUUGGUAACAACCUUGAUGCAAUCAGUACUGAUAAGAGUGAGGAAGGUUUACAAUCAUAUGCGUCGUCUACAAUCGGGAAAUACACAGAGGUAAAGAUUGAAGUUGUAAGAGAUAGAUAUUUGUUGGAUCAACAGGACAGGGUGCUGGGCACAAAGGUGUUGACCAAGAUCAAACGCAACCGACUUGAAGCACAUUCAACCUUAAAGAGUAGCAAUCAACUCAAGAACUUCAUUCCAUGCUUUGAUAUAAUAUUCACCGAUGGUAUAUCUCAUGUCCAAGAGCAGACUCAACUUGCCAGCAUACUUGGCCUACAACAAUCACCAUCAUCAUCACCUUCAUCAAUAGUCAAUAGUAUUCAGGAGAAGCUUGGCAUGAAGAGCCCU